AUGUACAGAUUCAAGGUGUCUGCACCGGGCACGGUGCUUUUAUGUGGAGAAUAUAACAAAAGUUGUGCAGCAGCCGACUUAGACAUGCGUACCGUUCUUACAUUCUCUUCAUUUCCUACAGAAGUAGUUCGAAAAGAUUUUAUCGAAAUAAAAUUUUCCAGUAUCCGAUUACACAUGAAGAUACCUUUACGCAUAUUUCUUUUACAUUUUUUUCAAGAAAAUUACGAUUGGACACGUAAUCCACGUCAGGUGUUUGAAUCAGUAAAAAACUUUAUUGAAUUCUUGACGGGCUUUCCCGGCAAUUACGAUCUCGACAAUCGCGCACAUCAGUUAAGCUUAGAAGCUUUCUUUUUUCUUCUCGUUACGAUUAGCUAUGAAAAAAAUAUCAUUAUAAACUCAUCUUUCGUUGUGGAAAUUUCAUCGGAAUUACCGAUUGGUGAAGGUCUGGGCAGUUCGGCCUCGUUUGUAGUAUGUUUAGCAGCAUGUUUUUUUCGUUGGAACCUCCUGCAGAAAGGAACAGUACGCUACAUAUUUAAUCCUAUAGAUUUGAUAUAUAUCAUGAAAUAUGCCUCCGCUUGUGAGUCUUUUGUAUACAAUUCCUCCAAUUUAUUCAAAGUUCGAAUAAGUACGAAUGGCACGUUACAAGUAUUUGAAGAAGAGAAUCGGAUGGUACAUUUUUUUUCUGACCUGCCGAGCAUGAAGAUCCUGUUGGUCUUUUCAAAUGUUAGCCAGAAAAUCGAGCAAAAUAAAGUAGAAAUAAAAGUGAAAAAGCAUUUAUCUUCUUCCGUUGAUAGUAUUCUAAAUAGUAUCGAGACUAUAUCGAAAAAGUUUAUUCAAACCCUUAAGGAGAUUAAAACAGAAAUGCUUUCCUUGAGACAGCAGGAGAUCUUUGAAAUUAAUUCAGUUGGUCUCAUAAACUAUUAUAAAAAUUUAAUGGAUCUCAUUCAUAUAAAUCAGGGAUUACUAAGAGCGUUAGGCACAUCACAUCCAAACCUAGAUAUUAUUUGCACAAUUGCGCGGGAUUUUUCACUUGGAGCAAAAAUCGCCGCCAACCGCAAAAGUGGAUACGUAUUUACUUUGCUGCUAGCAAGCACCUCAGAUGAAUACAUCCAAGAUCUGAUCAAGAUAUUUGAGUCGCAUAAUUUCACUGCCAAGAUAGUCAGUUUGAAUUGUAGCGGAGUAAGAAUCGAAUAA